UGUUGAUCGCGGUUUGGGUGAUUCCGAAUCACUCGAGAUCAGAAAACAAUAGGAAUAUCAAAACAACCUUGUUAUUCCUGUUAACGGUAGAAACAUCUGGUAGUGGUGUGCUGAUCGCUGAGUACUAAUGUAAACUGGAAUAAUCAGCCUUUUGCCAAUGUGUCAAUAUGGGCCUGGAUUUUGAUGUAAAGACUUUCUGCCAUAACUUAAGGGCUACCAAGCCUCCGUAUGAGUGUCCAGUCGAGAGUUGCCGCAAGGUAUACAAGAGCUACAGUGGCAUUGAAUACCACCUCUACCACUAUGACCACGAAAACCCUGUUCAACUGCAGGGCAACAUGCCUCCGAAGCGUCGAAAGGGGCGUCCACCUCGUGUAUCCCAGAUUGGAUGUGUUGACGAUGGAGUUGGAGCAGACCAUGGAUUGCAAAUGGGCAUUACGGUGCGGCGGACUCCAUGUAGUCCACUUAACCAGUCCGAACACUCACACUCUCCUAGUAGGGAGACCAUGACCUAUGCACAAGCCCAGCGCAUGGUGGAGCUGGAGAUUCAGGGGCGUAUCCAUCGCAUCAGUAUUUUUGAGAAUCUAGAUGUGGUGUCUGAAGACGAGAACAUUGCAGACGAACAGUCAAGUGAGGGAGGAGGUGGCAUGUACAAUGGUGGAGGAUGCGGGGCGAGUACAGUUGGCACUGGGGAAAUGCCUGGAGGAAGCGGUGACGUGACAACCUGCGGCAGUGGCGGAAAAUCUGUUGGUUCUACGCCCAAGCCUGGCAAACAUAAAAGCAAGGAUAAAAAAAAGGAGAGUGGAAGCUCGUACCAUCAUAGUUCCUCAACUGGGCCAGCAGUUAAACUUCCUGAGGUUGUCUAUCGAGAGCUGGAUCAGGAGAGGCCUGAUGCCCCACCGCGCCCAUCUUCAUACUACAGGUACAUAGAUAAAUCAUUGGAAGAACUGGAUGAAGAGGUAGAAUAUGACAUUGAUGAGGAGGAUUACAUCUGGCUGGAUAUCAUGAAUGACAAACGUCGUAGUGAUGGGGUGGCUGCCAUCCCCCAGGAAGUCUUUGAGUAUUUGAUGGAUAGGCUGGAAAAAGAGUCCUACUUUGAAAGUCAUAAUAAGGGAGAUCCCAGCUCGCUGAUUGACGAGGAUGCUGUUUGCUGUAUCUGCAAUGACGGAGAAUGCCAGAACAGUAAUGUCAUACUCUUCUGUGACAUGUGCAACCUGGCAGUACAUCAGGAGUGCUACGGUGUGCCUUACAUUCCUGAAGGCCAGUGGCUGUGUCGUCGUUGUCUGCAGUCGCCAUCCCGAGCUGUGGAUUGUGCACUCUGCCCAAACAAGGGAGGUGCCUUCAAGCAGACUGAUGAUUCUCGAUGGGCCCACGUCGUCUGUGCGCUAUGGAUCCCAGAGGUAUGCUUCGCCAACACAGUCUUUCUGGAGCCCAUAGACAGCAUCGAGCAUAUCCCACCUGCGCGCUGGAAGCUCACCUGCUACAUUUGCAAACAGCGCGGCUCUGGCGCGUGCAUCCAGUGCCACAAAGCCAACUGUUACACUGCCUUUCACGUGACAUGUGCCCAGCAGGCCGGGCUUUACAUGAAGAUGGAGCCCGUGCGGGAGACCGGGGCUAACGGGACCUCGUUCAGUGUCCGAAAGACAGCAUAUUGCGAUAUUCAUACACCGCCUGGUACGGCGAGGCCGCUCGGAGGAAAUUUGGGUACUGGGAGCCUUGGGUCAUCCAACAGCGACGGAGGAGAGGGGGAAGAAGACGAUGAACUUAUUGUAACGGGAGAGGAGGAGGGUAAAGGUGGGUGGAGCUCUGAGCGGGCCAAGAGGGCGAAGGCCAAGUCGAGACUGAAGAUGAAGAGAGCGAGGAAAAUCCUGGCAGAGAAGCGAGCAGCCGCCCCGGUGGUGUCCGUUCCCUGCAUCCCCCCACACAGGUUGAGUAAAAUUACCGGCAAUUUGACUGUGCCCAGGAAGAGUCAGUUUAUGCAACGUUUGCACAGUUACUGGACCCUGAAGAGGCAGAGUCGUAAUGGAGUUCCUCUCUUGCGUAGGCUUCAGACACACUUUCAGUCUCAGCGCACCAAUGAACAAGUGCUUCCUGCAAUUAGGCUAGAUAGUGAAGACAAACAUUCAGCUCUGAAGGAACAACUCAAGGCUUGGCAGAGAUUAAGACAUGACCUGGAGCGAGCCAGACUACUUGUAGAACUGAUUCGCAAGCGAGAGAAGCUAAAGAGAGAAACGAUAAAAGUGCAGCAGUUGGCACUGGAGAUGCAGCUGACGCCCUUCCUGGUUUUGUUGCGCAGCACCUUGGAACAGCUGCAGGAACGAGACACAAGCAACUUCUUCACUGAACCGGUGCCCCUUAGUGAGGUGCCUGACUAUCUGGACCACAUUGAGCGUCCAAUGGAUUUCCAGACUAUGUGGGCAUUGUUGGAGGGACAUCAUUAUCCAAACUUCCAAAGCUUCGAAGCUGAUUUCCUGCUUAUCGUCAAUAACUGUCUGAAGUACAACGCCAAAGACACCGUUUUCUACCGCGCUGCCCUGAGACUACGGGAGACUGGCAGCUUUGUACUUCGUCAAGCCCGACGGCAGGCUGAACAUACUGGGUAUGACUAUGAAAGUGGCAUGCACUUACCUCGGGAACCCAGCCCAGAGAGAGAUCAAGACUGUGACCGAGAGAGUGAGCGAGAGCAAGAGUGGGAGCAGGAGAGGAUUGCAUCGGCCACAGAGGAAGACCUACUUCGACCAGAGAAUCGCAGACGCUUGCCACUUGAGGAGCAGUUGCAAAUCUUGCAAGUUCGAUUUGAGGAAGUCAGCUCUGGGAAACACAGUAUCGGGCAAAUGCGGCGCGCCAAAGCUCUGCGAAAAGAGAUGACCGUCAUUAAGCGCAAACUGGCCCAUCAGCGAGAAGGAGGCGAAGGUGUCGGAGUCCCUACAGAGGAUAGAGUCUCUGCUCUACCCCACCAUGCCUCUGUAAGCACCUGUCAGGAUGAUGAGGAAAGCAGCAGUCAAGAGAAAGAUUUGAGCACCUCCUCCUCAGUAUUAGCUCCAGAAGUUGGCCGCCGGACCUCUAUCCUUUUCAAGAAGAACCCUCGAGUUGGUGGGCCAGCCAAACGGCCUGGACGACCACCAAAAAAUCGUGAUCCACUGCAUUUGGGGUCUUCAGGUGUAAGCAGUUCAGUUGGGCCACCACAGCUACCGAUGCUAAACCCUCUACGUCCAAAGAAGAAAAUGCGCAGUCCUCGUACAAGUUCAAGCUCUGAGAGUGAGAGCGAUAAUGAUGACCCUCUUCCUGGUUUGCCUAGCAAUGGCUUUGAUGGUGGCAGUCAGCCUGUCACAGAGAGUUUCCGUGUAUACCGCAAUGAGCGCAGUCUCCCACGUUCCAGCUCAGACUCUGAGUCGACCAGCAGCAGCAGCAGCAGUGCAGCAUCUGACAGGACCAGCACUACUCCAUCUAAACUUGGCCGUGGAAAGCCAUCAUUUUCUCGUUCUGCCUUUCAAGAGGACAGCAGUGAGGAGACAUCAGGAACUGAGAAUGACACCUACUCUGUGGGAGCAACUCGUGGUGUGUCUCAUAUGGUCCGAGGCCGUAGUAGAUCUGGUUGUUGGAUGACAUCAGAUGACUACACAUCUUUAGAUGCACUGGACUUAGUCUGGGCUAAGUGUAGAGGUUACCCAUCAUACCCAGCACUGAUCAUAGACCCCAAGAUGCCACGGGAGGGUGUGUUUCAUAGGGGCGUUCCCAUACCUGUGCCUCCACUAGAUGUCCUCAAGCUUGGUGAGCAGAUGACCCAGGAGGCCCGUGAACACCUUUAUUUGGUCCUGUUCUUCGACAACAAGAGGACCUGGCAGUGGCUUCCACGCUCCAAGCUGGUGCCAUUGGGCGUUGAUCAGGAACUGGAUAAAGAGAAGAUGAAUGAGGGGAGGAAGUCCAACAUUAGGAAGUCAGUGCAAGUGGCUUAUCACCGAGCCAUGCAGCACCGUAACAAAGUUCAGGGAGAUCCCAGCAGCGACACCAGUGACAGUGACUAAGCACCUGCAUGCUUACAGACCUCGUUUGAAAUGCACAAAUACACUUGGAAAUUAAAAAGAAAAUGUGGACUAUAAUAGUCAUACAGUUACAUGUAUUCCCUUGUUGGUGCAGUAGUUUCAUUUUAAGUUUGUGCAGAUGAAGAAAAUUUACACUGUCUGUAAUCUCUAUGUAAUUUAAAAGAAUUUGGACCACUUCUGUUAUAUGUAUCAAUAUGGACCAACAAUCAUGACCACAAAUUACUCAUAACCAUCAUGGUCGCAUUCACCUCAUUCAUCACCACUGUAUACAACACUUUCAACACUGCGACUGGGAUUGUUGCAGCUCUAUCAUGGAGACAUACAAAUGUCAUGUGUUUGUUUUUCAUAAAAAGAUAAUCGUGCAAAUAAAUUGUUUAAAAAUAUCUUA